UUCUAUAAACAUGAGUUUUAAUAAAUUCUGUUUUUGACUUAAAUAUGUUUAGUUAGUUGUCAAAUUGCAGGUUAAAACAUUUAGAAAGCAGGACAUGAAAUUAUUAUGCAAAGUUAACUUCUUUGCGCAUCUUUUCAAAAGGGCAUGCGAUCCCACUCUUAACCCAUAUACCCGCCAAUUCUAUCUCUCCUCCGUCCCGCCAAACCAACGAACUUUAAACUCACUAUGCAGCCAAGGCCGCCUUCAAGAGGCUUUGUUUGAAAUGGCAUGUCAAGGUCUUGAAAUGAAAUUUGACGGCUACAACACUCUACUAAAUGAGUGUGUCAACAAUAAGGCCAUUAGAGAAGGCCAAAGGGUCCAUGCCCACAUCAUUAAAACCUAUUAUCUUCCAUCUGUUUAUCUCAGAACUCGGUUGAUAGUUUUUUACACAAAGUGUGACUUGUUGAUGGAUGCAAGACAUGUGUUUGAUGAAAUGUCUGAAAGAAAUGUGGUUUCUUGGACCGCCAUGAUUUCAGGUUAUUCUCGGAGAGGGUUUGCCUUUGAAACAUUGCAUCUUUUUGUGCGGAUGUUGAGAUCAGAUAUAGAGCCAAAUGAGUUCACUCUGGCUACUGUAUUAACUUCUUGUACAGAUGCUUCUGGGUCUGAGCUGGGAAGGCAGAUUCACUCUCUCAUAAUUAAGUGUAAUUAUGACUCCCAUAUAUUUGUUGGGAGUUCACUUCUUGACAUGUAUGCUAAAGCUGGCAGAAUUCUUGAAGCGCGAAUGGUUUUUGAGAGCCUACCAGAGAGGGAUGUUGUUUCUUGUACUGCAAUAAUUUCAGGCUAUGCCCAAUUAGGUCUUGAUGAAGAGGCAUUAGAACUAUUUCGGCGGUUGGAAAGAGAGGGAUUGAGUUCAAACUGUGUUACUUAUGCUAGUGUUUUAACCUCGUUGUCUGGACUUGCUGCAUUAGAUCAUGGAAAACAAGUUCACAGCCACGUUCUUAGACGUGAAUUGCCCUUUUAUGUAGUUCUUCAAAAUUCUAUGAUUGAUAUGUACUCAAAGUGUGGAAGCCUUAAUUAUGCAAGAAGGAUUUUUGAUAGCAUGCCUGAGCGAACUGUUAUUUCAUGGAAUGCAAUGCUUGUGGGGUAUGGUAAACAUGGAAUGGGAAGAGAGGUUGUUGAGCUCUUCAAACUUAUGAGAACUGAAAAUAAAGUUAAACCUGACAGUGUAACCAUUUUGGCUGUUCUAUCUGGCUGCAGCCACGGAGGAUUUGAAGAUAAAGGAUUGGAAAUAUUUGAUGAGAUGUUGAAAGGGUAUAAUGGUGUUGAGGCAGAGAUGGAGCAUUAUGGAUGCAUUGUUGACUUGCUUGGACGUGCUGGCCGAAUAGAGGAGGCCUUUGAAUUUAUAAAAGAGAUGCCUUUUGAACCAACUGCUGCCAUUUGGGGUUCACUUUUAGGUGCAUGUAGAGUUCACUCAAAUAUUAUUAUUGGAGCACUUGUAGGUCAACGACUAGUAGAAAUAGAGCCUGACAAUGCUGGAAAUUAUGUAAUACUUUCUAAUUUGUAUGCUGCUGCAGGGAGAUGGGAAGAUGUGAGAAAAUUAAGGGAGUUGAUGAUGGAUAAGGCUGUGAUAAAGGAGCCAGGAAGAAGUUGGAUUGAACUUGACAAGACCCUGCAUACUUUUCAUGCAAGUGACCGCUCCCAUCCAAGGAGGGAAGAGGUAUUUUGGAAGGUUAGGGAAUUGUCAGUCAAGUUGAAAGAAUCUGGAUAUGUCCCUGAUUUGAGCUGUGUUUUAUAUGAUGUGGAUGAGGAGCAAAAGGAGAAAAUACUGCUAGGUCACAGUGAGAAACUGGCUUUGGCUUUUGGACUCAUUGCUGCUCCUGAGAAAGUCCCAAUCCGAGUGAUAAAAAAUCUCCGAAUCUGUGUUGAUUGUCACAAUUUCGCUAAAUUUAUAUCAAAGGUUUAUGGAAGAGAGGUGUGUCUGAGGGAUAAAAACCGGUUCCAUCAUAUUGCUGAGGGAAUUUGUUCUUGUGGUGACUACUGGUAAUUUUUGGUGAUUUUUAGUCAGACAAAGUUUGCUUAUUCUUCUAGAGAAUGAAAGAGGGCUAUGGUAUUUUAAGAUCUGUUGAAGAACAAAGUAAGUUAUAUCUUAAAUGGAGGUGAUAAGAUGAAUAUGUAACCUUAUUUCACAAACCAGAGUAACAUCCUUGUUUUUACCAACCUUACCUUAGUUGAUUCAUUUUUUGGCUACGUCAUGGAGAAUCUCUUAUACUCAUGAGACAGUGAAAGUUGAAGCAGAAAUAUACAAGUUGGUAGGUUUGAACAUCAGCUUAUUCUUCAAUGUACCACUUAUUCUUCUUCCUCCUCACAGAUUGACGCAGAAGCUUUUUAAAACUUUAGCUAUCAAAACAAGGAACAAGGGAAUGGCGACCUGCUGAGGAAUUAAAUACUGGCACAGGGAUAUCAUUGGUUUUGGAUUUGAGGCAAAAAAAGGACAUGGAAGUUUCUUGGUUUUAAGAAAGAGCUGAAAAAGAUAUACAAGGGAGAAGAAUCCAUGUUGGUACUCUCUGGACACUGUUGUGAUCAUCCAUGACAAGUUUUAACUGGAGAAGUUGACAAUUCAUUCUGAUGACUUUAGCUUAUAGAAGAAAAGAAAAAUACCCUUUUGAGCUGAGGUUAAACGAAGAUAGACGGCUACCUUCCCUUGUAUCUAAAUUUGUACAAGCAGUUUUGCCAACACUGUGUCUCACAUUCCUGUCUAACCUGAAAGAAUGAACGAAGGGCACUUUGCAAUGCAUUACAGAGAGUUCUAAGGAACUUCUGUUCAUCAUUCAAUGUUUAAUGUAUCAUGCUGCUGCUUUCAAAUUUUGAACCAGCUUGUAUAUCAACCCAAAUCCUUCUUCCAGCGUUUAGAAAAUUUUCAAAUAAGCAAGAUUUUAUGCUUGUUACAUGUAUGUUGGGCAAAUGCAUAAUGCGUGGAGCAGAAUCUGAUGCACAUGUACUGUAAGCUUAGAAUUAUAUUAGCUUUUUCUCUUAAAACUACAUUUGUCUCCAUUGGUAAAAUUCAGGUUAUUCACUCAAGGGCAUAUAGAUAAUACAAUAAGUUUUUUUUUU